GAUUUGGUCUCCCCGCAGUCUGGUUUACACGUAAAGAAUGCAACCAUCUGGCGGCUUGCGGUCCCUGGACUUGCCCCGAAGGUGGGAAGGAAGCCUUUCGGAUUGGACUAAGGUUUAAUCUUGGAUGGGAGGCGGGGAGGAUAUUCCGGGCCUUAGGAGCAGUAGUCUGAGAGAACAAAGAAUUACAGAGCACCCACAAGUCGUGAUCUCCCCCAAAGUACUGUAACAAGAUAAAUUUAAACAAGCUCAGGUAGCAUACGACCUUUAAAAAAACAGCAUCCCACUAUCCGUCAUGGGCUUCUCAAUUCCGUGGUUCAUGCUACGAAUCACGGGUGGUUUGGGCUCUCAGUAUGCAAACUGAUCAGCAACCUAAAGUGAUAAGGUUGAAAUUGGGCAACGAUUAGACACCAUUUUAGACAGGUGUUCUUGAACGCCACUGACAACAGUAUUUCAUGACAAUGGAUGGUGACAGUUCUACGACAGAUGCUUCUCAACUAGGAAUUUCUGCAGACUAUAUUGGUGGAAGUCAUUAUGUUAUACAGCCUCAUGAUGAUACUGAGGACAGCAUGAAUGAUCAUGAAGACACAAAUGGUUCAAAAGAAAGUUUCAGAGAACAAGAUAUAUAUCUUCCAAUUGCAAAUGUGGCAAGGAUAAUGAAAAAUGCCAUACCUCAAACGGGAAAGAUUGCAAAAGAUGCCAAAGAAUGUGUUCAAGAAUGUGUAAGUGAGUUCAUCAGCUUUAUAACAUCUGAAGCAAGUGAAAGAUGCCAUCAAGAAAAACGGAAGACAAUCAAUGGAGAAGAUAUUCUCUUUGCCAUGUCUACCUUAGGCUUUGACAGUUAUGUAGAACCUCUAAAAUUAUACCUUCAGAAAUUCAGAGAGGCUAUGAAAGGAGAGAAAGGAAUUGGUGGAGCAGUCACAGCUACCGACGGCCUAAGUGAAGAGCUAACAGAGGAGGCAUUUACUAACCAGUUACCAGCUGGAUUAAUAACUGCAGAUGGUCAACAACAAAAUGUUAUGGUUUACACAACAUCAUAUCAACAGAUUUCUGGUGUUCAACAAAUUCAGUUUUCAUGAUCUGAAGAAAUGAUGGAAUGGGGAGUAUAGAGAAGCAAGACAUCUGUAUGAUUCCGAAACAGAGACAUUAGAAGGAAAUGACUGCUGAAAGGAUGUCUCUUUGUAUAUUAAAUAGCUGUAAUGUAGCUUCCUGAUGCUUGACUAAUUGAGGUGUUAAUUCUGACUUGAGAAUCUUUUUCAUGAAUGAUUUUAAAGAAAAAAUUUGGAUUUUAAAGGUAUUAAAAUAUUUUUGUUUUGUACGAGAGUUUGUUGCUCUGUAUGACUCCUGUAUGCAUUGUAUAUUGCAAUUUAUUACUGUCAGAGAUUUGUAGACAGUUUCUUAUUUUCAUAUUGAAUCAUGUUACUUUUGUAAUUCAAGUAAGCAGCUGGGUUAAUUCAUGAUGUUUGCCCUUUUAAUAAAAUAUAAGGGUAGAGUUCAUUUUGAAUGCAAGUUGCCUUUAUUAUAAAUUUGAGUUUGUCUUGGUUAUAUAAUAUCUUGCAUGAUAACCUAGCUAGAUUUUUAGCAUUUGCCGUAUUUAUUAAAAUUAAUUUUUUUGGUAAAACAUUCAUAGCUUAAGCAGCACCAUUUUUUAAAAAAAUGUAAUUGAAAAAUCCAGUGUGAAUGCAGAAGCAAUUAUUGUCUGCCCUAUUAAACUUGGUGCCCAUUAACAGUGUUUACACUGUUCAUUGUGCCUGUUCAGAUAGUUUUAGUUUAUUGGAGCUUUGUUAAGACUAAAUUUGUUUAUGAGUUACAUUAUUAUGAGUGUUGGAAUUCAUUUACGUUUAAUGCAGUCUUAGUGCUCUUGAAAUGGUGCCCGUUUCAUUUUGUAUAUGAUUUUUCUAAAGCAUAUCUUCAGAUACUAUAGUAUCCUCUUCCAGAGGAGGAAUUUUAUAGUCUGAUGGUAAAUGGCUUCAUUUUACCUUUUUAAUUGAAAUGUCAAGUUUCCUAUUAUACUAUGGGAACCAAGACACAUCAGACAUCAUUGUGUGUAUACAGACCUUUGUUUGCAUGGGUGAGUGAAUGAAAUGAAGAAUAGAGUGAGUGCCGUGAAUGGCGUGAAAUAGAAACCGCCAACUUCCAGUGUGCUGUCUUGAUCUUUGCAAUAAACUAAACUUAGAUAAUG